UGGCUCGAGGAAAUUUUACGAAGCACAGAAACUGCUGAGUAAUGAUUGCCUUUAAACAGUGCGCGUGCUUCAAUGAAUCAGUCAGCUGCCUGUCGUCUGUGAAAUCCAAUUGAAGUAAUAAGGUUUAUCUAAUUCAACAUCAAACAAAAAGCAAAAUGAUUCAAGGAAGUGGCAUGAGUAACUCAGUUCACCAAAAAGAAUGUUCGGCAGAACCUACACCACCAGCGAAAGGUGUGUUGCGAGUUUACGGAAUGAAAUUCUGUCCGUAUGUUCAACGUCUCAAAUUGGUUCUUGCUGCCAAAGGAGUCGCGCACGAAACUAUUAACAUCAACUUACUGAGCAAACCGAAAUGGUACUUUACCAAGAACCCAAUGGGUAAAGUUCCCACUAUCGAGAUAGAUGAUGUUGUGAUCUAUGAAUCGGAUAUCGUCUCAGAAUACGUCGAUGCGGUUUAUCCUGGGCGAAAGCUAUGUACAACAAAUGCGUUGAAAUCCGCUAAAGAAAAAAUGUUCCUGGUAUAUUGGGGCAAUAAUUGCGUUGUCAAUUACUACAAAUACGCCAGAGAACUCAAAAAUAAUGAUCAGGAAGCGAAAGAUGCAUUCUGCGCCCUGGUGAAAGAAGGCCUAGAAAAAACGGCCACAUUCUUGGAAAACAAUGGAACACCUUACAUAUGUGGGUCCCAACCUGGGUUAACCGAUUACCUUCUUUACCCGCACCUUGAACGCAUCAACGCUAUUGUCCCAGUGGAUUUAAAACAAAUACCAAGAGUAAAAGCAUAUUUUGAUGCCAUGCAAGAAGACGAAGCUGUGAAGUCGUGUCGAUUCUCGAACGAGCUGCAUCUAGAGUUUAUUAAGAAAUAUGUGACGGGCGACGUCGGCGCUUACGAUAUUGGACCUGUAGCUGAAUAGCUAUAAUUUUCGCAUUGUUGUGUUUACUAUAUAUAUAAUAUAAUAUUAUUGUGAAAGUUAAAACACGAUUCGAAAGUAAAAAUAAAACGGUUUAUUUUCAUUAUUUACUAACAUCUGCGUGUAUUAGUACAUAACUAUUAUAACAAUGUCUAAGGAAUAAUUCAUUGGCAAUAUUAGUACAGAACGUUUUUUAUGCUAAUUGAAAAAAUAAACGUUUAUAUUUCUUCUA